AUGGUAAAACAGUGCAUCCAGAUCUUUGCCCGCGUAAAACCCACAAAGAAAACGACCUCGGUAUACUGUGUGGACAAUGAGGAGCCGACGGGCUCCAUACUGGAGUUCCUGGUACCCAAGGACCUGGCUGACGGCUUCGUAAACAACAAGAAGGAGACCUACAAGUUCAGGUUCCAAGAGGUGUUUGAUCAAACAGUCAAGCAAGAGGACAUAUUUGAAGCCAUCGCCAAGCCAGUGGCAGACAGUGUGUUGUCGGGAUACAAUGGUACCGUCUUUGCCUAUGGCCAGACUGGUAGCGGGAAGACCUUCACCAUCACAGGAGGCGCUGAGCGCUACAGUGACCGGGGCAUCAUCCCUCGCACACUCUCUUACCUCUACCAGCACUUCAGCCAGGACAGCAGUAUGGUGUACACCACCCACAUCUCUUACCUGGAGAUCUACAACGAGGUGGGCUAUGACCUGCUGGACCCCCGGCACGAGGCCUCUCGCCUGGAGGACCUACCGAAAGUUACCAUCAUGGAAGACCCGGACCAGAACAUACACCUGAGAAACCUGUCACUCCAUCAAUCAGCCAACGAGGAGGAGGCUCUCAACUUGCUCUUCCUGGGAGACACCAAUCGCAUGAUUGCAGAGACCCCUAUGAACCAGGCAUCCACACGUUCUCACUGCAUUUUCACCAUGCACGUGUGUGGCCGUGAGCCCGGCUCGGUCACCGUGCGGCGUUCCAAGCUACAUCUGGUGGACCUGGCGGGCUCGGAGCGCGUGGGCAAGACAGGCGUGUGUGGGCAGCUGCUCACAGAGGCCAAGUACAUCAACCUGUCACUGCACUACCUGGAGCAGGUCAUCAUUGCUCUCUCAGAGAAGAACCGCUUGCACAUUCCCUACCGAAAUUCCAUGAUGACGUCGGUGCUGCGGGACAGCCUGGGAGGGAACUGCAUGACCACCAUGAUCGCCACUGUGUCUGUGGACAAGAGAAAUGUUGAUGAAUCCAUCUCCACGUGUCGCUUUGCCCAGCGGGUCGCUCUGAUCAGGAACGAGGCUCUGCUGAAUGAAGAGAUGGACCCUGCCCUGCUAAUUGUGCGUCUGAAGAGGGAGAUCCAGUCCCUGAAGGAAGAGCUCUCUAUGGUGACCGGGGAGAAAAGAGAGGACCAGCUAACUCAAGAGGAGAUUCAUAAGAUGGAGGAGCUGGUCAAGGUCUUUCUGGAUGACCCUGAUUGUGAGGUCACACUGGCGUUGGGACCUGACAUGAGAAAAAUCCAUUACUGUUUCUCUCUGCUAAAGGUAAUGAUACGAGAGAGGUUGUCUAUUGGAGACGGGGGAGGCGACCACCCAAGCCCUCCCCCACCUGUGGUAGUCCCCAACCAAAAAGACAGCCCCCAGCUCCAGCCUGCAGACCUGACCAAGCUGAGGGAAAUGUUGACUCAGCGCGAUAACGAGAUCUUUACCCACAGCCUUGACAGAAACGCGCACCCACUCAGAAUGGAGUCAGCAGGAGCAGGUGCCCCUGCAGUAGGGGUUGAGGAGCGAGUCCAGCAGCACACUGCCAUGCUACAGCAUCUCGGCAGCGCCAUGGAUCGCAUUCUACAAACCAUGGAGCGCUGGGAGAGAAGAGGAGUCCCUCCAGCGUCUCCACCAGCAUCACCAGUCUCACCAUCACUCACCCCUCCUUCACCCCCUCCUUCGCCCAGUGAGAUUCGGCUCGCCCUCCCGAGGGAGUAUGAUGGUACGGCGGCGGGUUGUCAGGAGUUCUUGCUCCAGCUAGAGCUCUACCUGGCAACCGUCCACCCGGCUUCUUCGGGCCAUGAGAGCGUGGCCGCCCUCUUCUCCUGCCUCUCAGAGAAAGCCCUGGAGUGGGCCAAAGCCGUAUGGGGGGAAGAAGAAGCGGUGUUGGACCACUUCGAGGAUUUCAUCCGCCGCUUCAUCCGGCGGGUGAAGGUCUCGUCCACCUGA